GUAGGGGGUUUCCCAAAUUUUCCAUCUUGUAAUUCUAGAGGUCCCAUCAUGCCAGCUGCUGCCCUCUUUUUCUUUCACUCACUUCGAAAAUCCCACUCUUCUACUCCCAGUGUCUACACUCUUUCUCUCUCUUUUGAUGACCUUAUAUAAUAUCAUCAUUCCUUCAACAGUUCCACUCCUUAUCACGUUCUCUCUUUCCUCUUCUUCGUUUCUUGACAAAAAGGAUUACUUGAAUUUGACUGUUUUUUUAGGCACAAAAGAAACAAAAACCAACUUGUAAGAAGAAGAAAGGACAACAGGGAUAAUGUCUGGUUAUUCAUUCUUAAACGAUCAGCUCUCGAAACGCACCUCAAUUUUCGGUUUGCGUUUGUGGGUUGUUCUUGGACUCUGCGUUGGAGCUGUUAUAGUCAUUGUUCUUUUCCUUAUCUCCCUUUGGUUCACUUCUAAACGCCAAAACAAAGCAACAAGCAGCAGCAGCAACAACGUUAGGCCCGCUCAUAACUCUACUAUUCCCAAAGUUUCUAAGGAGAUUCAGGAAAUCCGGAUCGACCCAUCUCGUCAUUCUAAUCCGGACCUUAAGCUUCACCGAGCUUCAAACCCGGACCCACAUCCAGAAUCCGAGCCUGUAUUGGUUCUUCAUUCAGAAGAAGACAGCAGCCCUGUCUCUGGGCGCAACAGAAUUCACAUUGAGAUAGGAAAGGAUCAUAGGAUUGCGUACCCAGAGCGUGGAUCCGGGUCGGGUCACGGGUCAGGUGAGGCCCGGCCUGGUGAUCAAAGGAUGGCGAUUAUGGCGGUUCCGGAAGUUUCCCACUUGGGGUGGGGACAUUGGUAUACUUUGAGAGAGCUUGAGGAGUCUACUAAUGAUUUUGCGGCUGAGAAUGUGAUUGGUGAAGGUGGUUAUGGAAUUGUUUAUCGUGGCGUUUUGGAAGAUAAUACUGAAGUUGCUGUCAAGAAUCUGUUAAAUAAUAGGGGUCAAGCUGAAAAGGAGUUUAGGGUUGAAGUGGAAGCAAUUGGGCGCGUACGGCAUAAGAAUUUGGUGAGGUUACUUGGUUAUUGUGCGGAAGGACCUCAUAGGAUGCUUGUGUAUGAGUAUGUUGACAACGGGAAUUUAGAACAAUGGCUUCAUGGAGAUGUUGGGCCUUGCAGCCCUCUGACAUGGGAGAACCGUAUGAAUAUAGUGCUUGGAACUGCAAAAGGGUUGACAUAUCUGCACGAGGGACUUGAGCCUAAAGUUGUUCAUCGUGAUAUCAAGUCAAGCAACAUUUUGCUUGAUAAGCAGUGGAAUCCGAAAGUAUCUGACUUUGGCCUAGCAAAGCUCCUGGGCUCCGAGAGGAGUUAUGUGACAACUCGUGUGAUGGGAACAUUUGGAUAUGUGGCUCCUGAAUAUGCUAGCACUGGCAUGUUAAAUGAGAGAAGUGAUGUAUACAGCUUUGGCAUUCUUGUUAUGGAAAUAAUUUCAGGAAGAAAUCCAGUGGAUUACAGCCGGCCUGAAGGGGAGGUAAAUCUGGUCGAGUGGCUUAAAACAAUGGUUACAAACCGGAAUGCAGAGGGUGUUUUGGAUCCAAGGUUACCAGAAAAGCCCUCUUCCAGAGCGCUGAAGCGAGCCCUUUUAGUCGCAUUACGUUGUGUGGACCCAAAUGCUCAGAAAAGGCCAAAAAUGGGGCAUGUGGUUCAUAUGCUUGAUGCUGAUGAGUUCCCGUUUAGAGAUGAACACAGAGCUAGACGGGAGAACAUGUGGUCACUACAAGAUGGUGUAAAGGAUAGAUUGACAGACAAACCUGUAAAUGAAUCAGGUGAUAGCAGCGGGUAUGAAAGUGGUGCCCAAACCAAUAGAUCAUUAUGGAGAAAACAAGAACCUGAAGAGCAAUAAAUAGCCUUUCAUACUCAGGUUAAGGUGAAUUCACAUGAUGUUUAACUAAUGACUUUCAUGGAGAGCCAGCUUAGGCAAACACACUUCUAACUCUGUAUGUGCAUAAUUCAUGUCGUCCUGAAAUGCAAUUUGUCUUUUUGUAGAUUAUAUAGCUUUUUUCUUUUUUUUUGCCAAGCUCAGUAUAUGCCAUUGGCAAAUUAAUAGAUGCCUGUAAUACUGUUUCUUCCUACAUGGUUUCAGCUGGUAAUAACGGAGCAGGUAGAUUUCAGUACUAACAAUGCAACAUAAUCCAGAAAAAAAAAAAGAUUUUGAGUUUUCAAAAUGCUUCUACUCCGAACACAAAUUCCCUCAAUAAAAAAUGAUUAUAUGACAAAAUAUUCUUUUGAACUAAGUUAGGGAGUGAUGAAUAGUAACAUUUGGGCCAUACAAUUCACAUGCAUCUCGAUUUCAUUGCCCUCCGGGUUUUAAAGGGGAGUGGGGGCUUUGUUUGUGACAGGAGAUUGCCUUGAUCACUAAAGGUAUAGAAGAGGGCUAGGAAUAAUUGGAACUCUCCUUUUGUGGAGUUUGAAGGGGUUUUCUUUCUUUCAUGUUUAGGCCUUUUGGUUCCCCCACAAAUAAGACACAUGUUGGGCACCCCAUUUCCUGUUUUGGUAGCUUAAU